AUGGCCCAUAAUCGAAUAUUCACAACUUUUUUCUUUCCAGCAAUACAUGAGGCAAUCAUCGUGGAGCGGUUAUUUAACUCCUCUCUGGUUGUUAUUGUCUCACAAAAGGAACCCCGAGUGAUGCACAUUUACCACUUCAAGAGCAAGAAUAUGAUUUGUGAUUACAAGUUCACAAAGUCUGUAUUGAAUGUGAAACUUAAUCGAGAUAGAGUUGUUGUCUGUGUGGAGGACUCUAUAUUUAUUUACACUCUGAAGGACAUGAAGGUAUGCUUUUGUUUUCCGUUUUUUCCCAUCCACAACUGUUCACACAGUGUAUAUGGGAAAUGUUUGCACAUAUCUCGUAGUUAUAGUAUGAAUAAUUUCUUCUGUUCAAUUUUAUUACAUAUCCGAUGCACGAAAGUUCAGGUGCAUAUCUUCGAUUGUAUGAACCUUUCGGCAGUUAACACUUUCACAGCUCACGACGGACCUUUGGCCUGUCUCAAGUUCAACGCAGAUGGUACAAUGAUUGCAACGGCAAGCAUAAAAGGAACAGUUAUACGUGUUUACAGUGUUCCUCAAGGGACAAGAUUGUUCGAAUUCCGUCGAGGAAUGUCCAGAUGCGUGACAAUCUACUCUCUGGCUUUCUCUGCCGACUCCACGUAUUUGUGUUCUUCGAGUAAUACCGAAACUGUUCAUGUGUUCAAAUUAGAGAAGCCAGAAGAUCAAGAGAAGAAACAGUAA